AUGCCGAGGGCUAGAGCUACCAGGUUAGGGGGGAGGCAGCCCCCGAGGUCAGAGUUGAGGCCCCAGCUAGGGAUUGGAGUAGCUGCAGAGCAGGCUCCUGCGGGCCAUGCACCCCCAGUUCAUGAUGACAGACUCGAUAGGAUAUUUUGGUUAUUGGAGCGUCUUGCUCAGGGUGCAGCAGGUAUACCAGCGGGGUUACAAGCUUGGGUAGGGGCAUAUGCCCCUGGUUAUCCACAUCAGAUUCCAGUGGUUCCAGAGCCGGUGGUUCAGCCACCACAGGUUCCAGCACCGGUUGUAGGUGUACCGGUGUCCCUUGAGGUGGCCUUGGCAGAUGAUGACCAGGUCUGCUAUGAGCGGUUACAGAAAAUGAAACCACCUCAGUUUCAUGGUGCUAAGACUGAUGAUGCUCACGAGUUUUUGACCUUGAGUCGAGAGAUGUUGGCAGCGGUACGCAUGUUAGAUGAGAGGGGCGUCCGAUUUGUGUGCCUUCAGUUACGCGGUGUCGCUAGGGAGUGGCUGAGGACCUUCAUGAGUUCGAGACCAGCGGGAUCUCCUCCCAUGGAGUGGAGUGAGUUUGCUAGUGCCUUCGAGGGUCGUUUCAUCCCUUGGAGUGUACAAGAGGAGAGCCGUAUGAGGUUUGAGAGUUUGGUGCAGGGUAGCAUGUCAGUCGCAGAUUACGAGGCUCGAUUCUGUCAGUUGUCGAGACAUGCCUCUGCUUUGAUUUCAGGUGAGCCUGAGCGGAUUCGCAGAUUUGUCAGGGGUUUGACUCCCGCUAUCCGUAGUUAUGUGUUUAGAUCAUCUCGAGAGGGUGCUUCCUUCCAGACUAUAGUGAGUGCAGCCAGAGAGGCUGAGUUGCUUGAGCGGGUUGAUUUUGGUGGGCCCAAGAAGGUCCGUACAGGUGGUCAGUAUUCGGGUAUCUCGUCAGGAGGUAGGGGCCCACACAGGGGAGGCGGGUCUUUCCUGCGUCAGAGGUCAGUAGAUGCUUCAUUACCAGCUAUCGAGGGUGGGCCAGCAGCUCAGGGUCCUCCAGGUUCGGGUCGAGGUGGUUAUAACAUUACUUCGGGUUCUUCACAGUCAGGAUCCACAUCGAGGUCUUGUUAUGGUUGCGGGGAUCCAGGCCACUUGAUUCGUCAGUGUCCACAUCAGACUCAGUCUGGACCACACCGUACUGUCUCCGCGGUCCCAGAGAGAGAUUCAGCACCUCCGGCUAGAGGUCGGGGUCGGGGACCGGCAUCUGGUAGAGGCGGACGAGCUAUGAGUAGAGGUGCAAGUGGCACCUCAGGUUCACAGAGUGGGGGCAGAGGUGCCCAAUGUUAUGCUUUUCCUGGGAGGCCCGAGGCUAAGGCUUCUGAUGCAGUUAUCACAGGUAUCAUCUCAGUUCGUCAUCGACCUGCUUCCGUGUUAUUUGAUCUUGGUUCUACAUUCUCAUAUGUGUCUACAUAUUUUGCUUCCGGCCUUGAGUUGACUUGUUAUCGUAUGUAUGUGCCUAUUAGAGUCUCUACACCCGUAGGUGAACCCUUAGUGGUGAAUCGAGUGUAUCGAUCUUGUCUUGUUGUCUUAUCGGGGUAUGAGACUUGGGUGGAUAUGAUUCUUCUUGAUACGUUAGACUUUGAUGUCAUAUUGGGUACGGACUGGCUUUCCCCAUAUCAUGCGCUUCUUGAUUGUUAUGCUAAGACUGUCACCUUAGCUUUUCCGGGUAUUCCUAGAGUGGAGUGGAGAGGGACUAGUGGUUCGUAUCCCAACAACCGGGGUUGUUUAUCUUAUUUGGCCUUUAUUCGGGAUGUUGGAGUUGAGUCACCGGUCAUGGAGUCUAUUUCGGUGGUUCAGGAAAUCCCUGAUAUGUUUCCCGAGGAUCGACCUGGUGUUCCUCCUGUCCGUGAUAUUGACUUGGAGGCAGGCACCAAGCCCAUAUCUAUUCCACCUUAUCGUAUGGCUCCAACUGAGUUGAAGGAGUUGAAGGAUCAGAUUCAGGACUUAUUGAGUAAAAGAUUCAUACGCCCUAGUGUGUCGCCUUGGGGUGCACCGGUCUUAUUUCUGAAGAAGAAUGAUGGGUCGAUGAAGAUGUGUAUUGACUAUAGACAGUUGAACAAGGUAACGGUGAAGAACAAAUAUCCCCUUCCUCGUAUUGAUGACUUGUUUGAUCAGCUUUACGGAGCAGCCUUGUUCUCUAAGAUCGACUUGAGAUCUGGGUAUCAUCAGUUGAGGAUUAAGCCUUCAGAUGUGGUGAAGACAACUUUUCGCACACGAUAUGGUCAUUAUGAGUUUUUGGUGAUGUCAUUUGGGCUCACCAAUGCCCCUGCGACGUUCAUGGAGUUGAUGAAUGGAGUGUUUCGCCCAUACUUGGAUUCCUUCGUGAUUGUGUUUAUUGAUGACAUCUUUGUAUAUUCCAAGACCGAGGCGGAUCAUGUUUGUCAUUUGAGGGCCGUGCUACAGAAGUUGAGAGAUGAGAAGUUGUAUGCUAAAUUGUCUAACUGUGAGUUUUGGCUUGAGUCAGUGGCUUUCCUAGGGCACGUGGUGUCUAAGGAUGGAGUUAGGGUUGAUCCGGCCAAGAUUGAGGCGGUUCAGGGUUGGACUAGACCUACAUCACCUACCGAGAUUCGGAGUUUUGUUGGCUUGGCGGGUUACUAUCGGCGUUUUGUUCAAGGAUUCUCUACUAUAGCUGCGCCGUUGACCAGAUUGACUCAGCAGACGGUUCCUUUUCAUUGGUCACCCGAGUGUGAGGCGAGCUUCCAAAGGCUCAAAUCCCUAUUGACUUCAGCACCUGUCUUGACUUUGCCAGAGGAGGGUGUUGGAUUUACUGUUUAUUGUGACGCUUCGGGUGUUGGACUUGGAGGUGUUUUGAUGCAGAAGGUGGAAUUAGCUUUGGCUGCUUUGUGUAAGUUUUGGUUGGACUACGUAGAAGUGAACAUGAGUGAGAAAGAGAUGAAUGAUAGCCAAGCAGGUCAUCGGGAUGAUAUAGAUGAUAUCAAUAGUGUAUACAACCCAGCUCAAUCAGGUUGA